AUUUUGUUCUUUCCUCGCUAGCCUUUGAAAGAUGGACCGAACUGGGAACACAAUGAAGAAAUACCUCGUCUACCGGGGGAAACACGAGUCACAGACAAAGAGGUCAUCUACAUGUGUCCCUUCAACGGUCCUGUCAAAGGAAGAGUCUACAUCACAAACUACAGGCUCUACCUGAGAAGCGUGGAAUCGGAUCCUGUGGUGAUAUUAGAUGUUCCUUUGGGUGCUAUUUCAAGGAUUGAGAAAAUGGGAGGCGCAUCGAGCAGAGGAGAGAAUUCAUACGGAUUGGAUAUUACUUGCAAGGAUAUGAGAAACCUACGCUUUGCAUUGAAACAAGAAGGCCACAGCAGAAGAGAUAUAUUUGAGCUCCUGACCAAAUACGCUUUCCCACAGUCACAUAACUUGCCUUUUUUUGCAUUUCUCAACGAAGAGAAAUUUCCUGAAAAUGGUUGGCUUGUUUACAAUCCUAUGGUGGAAUACAGAAGACAGGGUCUGCCUAAUGACCAGUGGAGGGUCACAUUUCUCAACGAGCAUCACGCCUUGUGCGACACGUACCCCUCGCUUCUGGUCGUGCCCUAUAACACCACAGACGAGGAUCUCAAAAAGGUGUCUGCUUUUAGAUCCCGAGGUAGAAUACCAGUGUUAUCAUGGAUCCACCCGGAAAACCAGGCCGUCAUCACGCGCUGCAGCCAGCCCCUGGUUGGGAUGAGCGGCAAGAGGAACAAAGACGACGAGAAGUACCUGGAGAUCAUAAGGGACACCAAUGGGCAGCUCUCCAAGCUCACCAUCUAUGACGCAAGGCCCAACGUCAAUGCCGUCGCCAAUAAGGCCACGGGAGGAGGGUACGAGAGCGAGGACGCCUAUCCCAACGCCGAGCUGCUCUUCCUGGAUAUCCACAACAUCCACGUCAUGCGGGAAUCCUUGAAGAAGCUCAAGGACAUUGUUUACCCGCACGUGGAGGAAUCGCACUGGCUCUCGAGCCUGGAGUCCACGCAUUGGCUUGAACACAUCAAGCUUGUUUUGACAGGUGCCAUUCAGGUUGCGGACAAAGUGUCCUCGGGGAAGAGUUCGGUCCUGGUCCACUGCAGCGACGGUUGGGAUCGCACCGCGCAGCUCACCUCCCUCGCCAUGCUGAUGCUGGACAGCUACUACCGAACCAUUGUGGGCUUCGAAGUGUUGGUGCAGAAGGAAUGGAUCAGCUUCGGGCACAAGUUUGCCUCCAGAAUUGGCCACGGAGACAAAAACCACGCCGAUGCGGACAGGUCUCCCAUCUUCCUCCAGUUCAUUGACUGUGUUUGGCAGAUGUCUAAACAAUUUCCAACGGCUUUUGAAUUCAACGAGCAAUUUUUGAUUACGAUUCUGGAUCACUUGUAUAGCUGCCGCUUUGGGACUUUCUUGUACAACUGUGACUCUGUGAGAGAGAAAGAGAAGUUGAGCGAGAAAACGUUGUCUCUCUGGUCCUUGAUCAACAGCACAAAAGCAAAAUAUGUCAACCCCUUUUACACGAAAGAAUUGAAUCGUGCUCUUUAUCCUGUCGCCAGUAUGCGGCACUUGGAACUCUGGGUCAAUUAUUACAUUCGGUGGAACCCAAGGAUUCGGCAACAGCAGCCGAACCCGGUGGAGCAGCGCUACCUGGAGCUCCUGGCUUUGCGCGACGACUACAUGCGCCGGCUGGAAGAGCUGCAGAUCACCAACAACCCCAGACUGUCCAAUUCCUCUUCCUCCUCCUCGUCUUCCUCACAGAUGAUGUCACACGUGCAGACGCACUUUUGAAGGACGCUUCCUUUGGAACGCUGUCAUCCCUUUCGGUGGUGCUGAAUCGGACGUUGCGGACGGGAGGGAAACAGAUCGGAUGCCUUACCUAGAGCUCCCGCCUCGUCCUUCGAGAGAGGGGGGGGCGAAUACAAGUGGGCUUUUUAAAGUUGAUUUAUGUGCCUUUCAGAACCGUUUGCCUGCAGACAUCUUCGUCGACUAUAGUGUUUUAAAAGGGGUGUUGUUUUUCUCCUCCUGCAGCCUCCAAACAUAUUUGUGUAAUGCUUUCAGUAACAGCCAUAAGCUUUUUUUGGAACUCGUUUUCCUUUACAGCAGGUACGGGCCAAUUUGGGCCCUCUUUUCUCGUGUUUUGGACUUCAACUCCCACAAUUCCUGGCCUCAGGCCCCUUCCUUUUCCCCCUCAGCUGCUUAAGCUAGAUGAUAGAGUGAUAGACCUAAAAGAUGCCUACCUUCAUAUCCCAACAUAUCUAUUUGUUGGGAUAUGAAGGUAGGCAUCUUUUAGGUCUAUCACUUGGGGUAUGAAGGUAGGCAUCUUUUAGCUCUA